AUGGACUACACCCGCGUCCGCUCGCCCUCCAGCUUCUCCGUGGGCACGCCCUUCCGCCAGCGCCCUGGCGGCCCCCGCGGCCCAAAGUCGCCCACGAGCCCCGGGGCCACCAAGGGCAUCAUCCCCCUCGACCUCUCGGCCCGCGUCGAGGAAGCGACCCCCGCCUACUCCAGCCCCCGCUCGUCUACGUGGUCGCCGUCCUCGCCAGGGCUCGCCUCCGAGCAGGAUCUGCAUUCCGAGUACGGCGGCUCCAGCACCGAGCGCCGCACCACCGUGAGCAGGGCGAUCCAGACAGGUGCGCCGGAGCCCGCCCCCAGCACCCCCAGCACCCCGUCCAUCGCCGCCCCGGCAGUGACGGUCAUCAAGAAGACCCCGACGCUCUCGCCGCCGCCUGCGGUCAACUUCGACACACCGCCCGUGCCAUGGCGCGGGAUGACCCUCGAGGCCGCCCAAUGGACCCUCACGUCCGAGCAGCUCCAGGAAGUCGUCUCCGCGGCCAUCCGCGCGUCCGCGCAGGAGAACUUCAUCCAGCUGGUAUCCCGGCAGACACUGGACGUCGAGCUCGUCCACGAGCUCGAGCGCCUCGACUCGGUGAGUCUCCCGAUCUGCGCGUAG